AUGAAAGACUCGCAGUGGAAACAUCAUAUUUUGGACAUUUACAGCACACCCAAGCAGCUCAUGAAAUAUGGCGACAGUCCCGGCCACUGUAUCGUCUGUGCCGACUUCGAUGGCGACGGCGACGACAAGUUCCUCCUGGCUUUGUUCGGCUCUCUCGAUCGCGACAAGGAUUUGUAG